AUAGUGAGGAUAAUUUUUGUUUGUUGUAUAAAAUGCUGCACCAAGGAAUCAUUUUAAGGGAAGGACAUAUUACGCGUACCAUUUAUAAUUUGAUAAAAGACAAACGCUACGAUGAUGUAAUCGAAUGUAUGGUGAGUAUUGGCGAAGCUGCCAACACCAGAGCGGGCCUCUCUACGCUGGGCUACUGUUACUACCACGCACAAAAAUACGAGGAGGCAGCUACUUGUUAUGAGCAAUUGUGUACACUGGUGCCAAAGGAAGCGAAAUAUAAAUUUUACUACGCGCAGUCUUUGUACCAGGCGGGCAUCUUUGGAGACGCUUUACGCGCUCUAAAGCAAAUUAGUGACCACGAGGGCCUGCGGGAGUCCUGCCUGCAACUGCAGAGCGCCAUAUUCUACUCAAGCGAGGACUUUGCAGGCGCGCAGAAUGUACUGAAUCAACGUGCGGCAGGCAAUGCAGACACGCUGAACGAUGAAGGCUGUCUACUCUUUCAUGCCGACCAAUACGAGAAUGCAGUGCAACGCUUUUCGAACGCCUUGAAGGUGGGCGGCUUUAAUCCGUUGGUGGCUUACAAUUUAGCAUUGUCGCAUUAUCACAAGAAGGAGAAGACCCAGGCCACUGAAUACACUUCGGAGAUUGUGGACCGCGGCAUACGCAAUCAUCCCGAGUUGGGCAUUGGCGCGCAAAUCGAUACCGAUGGCAGUGCACGCAGUGUAGGAAAUCCAAUUACAAUGGCCAUAUCCGGCAUAACACAGGCAUUGAAUUUGAAAGCGGCCAUCGAGUACCAGGAUGGCAAUAUUGAUGCCGCACGUGAUUCGCUAUUGGAUUUGCCGCCGCGCUCUGAAAGUGAAUUAGAUCCGGUAACUUUGCACAAUAUGGCAUUGACAGAUCCCAAGGGUGCGGUAGCUGGUUUGCGUAAAUUGGCAUUUUUGCUGCAGCUCGGCCCUCCGGCUUGCCCGAAGGAGACAUUUGCAAACAUUUUGUUAAUUUGCUGCAAGAAUGAGAUGUACGAAAUGGCCGCGGAUAUACUAGCAGAGCAUACGGACCUUACCUAUAAAUACUUGUCGCAGUAUCUCUACGAGUUGCUGGACGCGUUGAUAACUGCACAAACUUCCUCGGAGUUGGCAGAAAGGAAACUAGGUGUAUUAGCCUCCAGCUUGGCGGGAAAAUUGCGCAGUUUGGCCGCGAAAGUGCAGGAAAUGCGCGGCACUACCGAUCAGAUGGCGUUACGAAAUGCCUUGCAGGACUAUGAGAAUGCAUUGGAACUUUAUAUGCCUGUAGUCUUGGCACGCGCCUGGAUUUACUGGCGCGACGAUGACUUUGUAGGUGCAGAGCGUGAGUUCCGUGCAAGCGCAGAGUUCUGUUCGGAGAACUCAAUUUGGCGUCUCAAUGCGGGUCAUGUGCUCUUCAUGCAAGGCGACAAGUACAAGGAGUCGGCUGCGUUCUACGAGCCUAUCGUUCGUCAGCACAAUGAUGAUAUAAUGUCCGUGCCCGCUGCUGUGUUGGCCAACCUGUGCGUUUCCUAUAUAAUGACCUUUCAAAAUGAAGAAGCCGAAGAAUUGAUGCGCAAAGUGGAGAAGGCUGAAGAAUUAAAGGGCAAUAUGGGCAAGCAGUAUCAUCAUUUGUGCAUUGUCAAUUUGGUUGUGGGCACCCUGUAUUGCGCUAAAUCCAAUUACGAAUUCGGUUUGUCACGCAUAGCGCACGCACUGGAGGGAGGCAAUGGUGCGCGGUUGUAUGCGGACACUUGGCUGCACGUGAAGCGUUGUGUGUUGGGGCUGCUUACCGGAAUGGCAAAGCAGAAUAUUAUUUUGCCAUAUCCGGCAGUGCAGGAAGUGAUGAAUUUCUUGAAGUCUUGUGAAGUUUACGGUCUCUUUACGCCCGCAAAUAUUUAUACCGCUACCGAUGAAGUGCCGGCAGAACCAUUGACAAUUGGCUUGGAAGCACGAAAGCUGCGUCUCUUACUGAUCAAACUGACCGAAUACGAACAGUGAAUUGACAUUAAUUGC